CAACCUGUUGAAGCAAAUUGAGUUUCUGUUUUGGUGGAUCUGUAUACAGGAGAUUGUUUAGCGUGCGCGCUUGUGGGACAGGUUAAGGCGUUAUCUUCGCUGUCUGUCAGUCUACCGUACUGCUCUGUAGACCCGACUAGAGAGAAGAUAAAAAAAAAUGAUAAUAAAAAAAAGGGAAGGAAAGAAACAAAGACUUUGAGCACAGUGCUUUUUCGUUGCCUGCAUUCUCACUCUCGCUAAGCGUCUCUUGGUUUGGUGCUUCACAUCUUUGCUUGGUCUGCUGAAAGUCGCUGAAAGUCUCUCUCUCUCUCUCUCUCUCUUCUUUGCCGACAUGGAUAACCAAGAUCACAGGAGGAGGCAUACACCAGGGCAUGACAGCCAUGGAGUUCAUGUUUGUCACAAAUGUGGAUGGCCCUUCCCAAAACCGUACCCGAGUGCAAAACACAGGCGUGCACAUAAGAAGAUCUGUGGAACCAUUAAGGGGUACAAGUUGGUUGACUCAGAGUCUCCUGCCCAUUUGACUGUUUCUGAUGAUGAGCACCUCUCCGAUGAAGAUCGCAAAACCCGUGGGCAUGACAGCCAUGGAGUUCAUGUUUGUCACAAAUGUGGAUGGCCCUUCCCAAAACCGUACCCGAGUGCAAAACACAGGCGUGCACAUAAGAAGAUCUGUGGAACCAUUAAGGGGUACAAGUUGGUUGACUCAGAGUCUCCUGCCCAUUUGACUGUUUCUGAUGAUGAGCACCUCUCCGAUGAAGAUCGCAAAACCCGUGUUCUAUGGCUGAGUCAGCAUAAAGAAACACGUUCUGUUGCAAAAUAGGUGAAGAAUUGUAUUCUUGAGUUAAUGCUGGUAAAUUUGGUGUUUAAGGUCCACGGAUUUUGGGGAGAAGUAAUAAUGAGAAAGGUAGUGUUGAAACAGGGGACAGAUCAGGUAGACCAGAAAAUGAGGUAUUUUCAGAUAGUGGGUUUCGGAGGGGGAUUGAAGAAUCUCCAGAUGAUGUUAAUAUGCCAGCAAAGAAUGAGACAACAGCCACUCUAUCAGUUAAGGAUGGUGCAAUUGCUGCUGCCGUUCCACCUUCAAGCAAUUCAGCUAACAGCAGCCAAAUGCAAAAUACUGAAGUUGAAGGAAGUAAUCUGUCUGUAAGUGCCCAACAGUCCCAAGAUAAUGUCUCAAGUGCUACCGCUAGCUUCAUGGACAGGUCUUCAACUGAUUAUAGAACUGAAGAAGCUGUCUAUGAGCCUACUAAUGAUAAAAAAGGUUCUACAUGUGACUCAAACACCAUCCAACUUGGGACCCAAGCAGAUACAUCAUGGGAGAUGAAUGAGAAAACUGCUGGUGAGGAUUUGGCAGAGAAUGUUGCAAAAGGAAAUGAAGAAACUCAGACUAAAACAAACAGUGCAGUUGAUGGCUUGACUGAGAUUGAUACAAAUACAAAUGAAGAAACUUCUUUAGGUAGACCUCUGCUGGAUGCUGUGGUGUUGCCCUGUGACAAUGUAGGUGAAGCAUCUGAGUCAGUAGGGAAAAUGGAGGAUAUAAUGUCAGGUCCUGUAUCAGCUGCUGGAGUUAUUCAAUUGAAGGAACAAUCUAAUGAUGAGUUAGACUCUAAGAUAUCUUUAAAUGAUCUCCCUAAUGAAAUCAAAUCUGUUGAACUUGUAAAUACUUCCAUAGGUACUGCUCAGGUCAAGGCAGAUGAUGAUCAAGCAAUGGAUGCUGCCAAUUUGGGCAAGUCAACUAAUUUUUACAAUGGACACGUGGAAGGAAAUGACAAUGUCCAUGUGCUUUCAGUUCCUGAUGAUCUACCUGUAGUGGACAAUGCUGAGGUCAUGAUUAGAGGUUUUAAAGAUCAUAAAGGAGGGGGGUUACUUCAAUUAGUAGGUGUAGAUUUCAAGGAUGAUUCUUCCAAUUUCUGUUCAAGCAUAUUGAAUGAAGAAGGCACAGAGGUCUCUGCAUCAGACAUGCAUGCUUUGAAAAGUGACCAUGAACAAAAAUGUGAGAGCGAUGAGCAUGUUGUUGAAAAUUUUCCUGAUGAAACAGAACCCGUCAUGCCUCAGGUCAAGAUGACAGGUAAUGAAAGCCAAAGCACAGAACAGAUUGGUGUCCCUACAGCUGCAGUUGCUAUUGCGAUUGAGGAGAACGGUCCUCUUCAGUGUCCUGAAGAACAGCUACCAAGUGAUUGCUGUGAAAGUUCAUUGCAGAAAAGUUCUGUGGAACAUGCUACAAAGGUUCUUCCAGAUAUGAAUCCUGUGGCUGCACAAGUGAUUUCUGAAGUCAUGCAAACAACCAACUUAGUUGGUGCAGAUGAUGCUGAUGAUUAUGAAAAUAGUAAAAUCAGAAGAUGUGAUAUAGCUGAAAGUGAGGACAAAAGAAUUACAGAUAAGAAUAGUACAGAAAACAUCAUAGCAAAUGAAACUGUAACUGAGGAAGGUUAUUCGACAUUAGGGUCCAUGGAGGGAAAGGUUUCAGUGGAGACACCAGUGUCAACGACUGAAUCUGGUGAAAAUCUUCAGGAAUCUAAUUUUACCUCAGAAAAUGUAAUUAAUGCAUCCAAGAGUAAUUUAUCAGAAUAUGAGUGCUUGCAAUUGAGUACAGUUUCAGAUAAUCAGAAAUGUGUAAAGGAACUUGAAAGCAAUGGCAACAGGAAAGUACAGGUGGAGGGUGGUGAUAAAGUUAGUGCAGCUGCAGAAUCGAUUAAUGUUGAAGACAGUGAUGAACUACAGAAGUCUGCAGAUAAAGUUGGAGAUGUUGAGCUAUUACGAGGGCCUUCGGAUAUAAUUAAUGAUGUUGUAUUACAGAAGUCUUCAGAAGAUGGGACAAAAGAGCCUCAACUCUCCCCUUCAGAUAUUUCAUCAUCCAUUCAAAAUUCUGCCACUGCUGGAGAUAAUUCUGCUGGAGAUUUUGUAGGGGUUGUAUCUGAGAAUCAAUUGGAGUCUUCUCCUGAUGAAGGUGAAAGUAAAUCUGUUGCCCAACAACUUGGUGCAUCUGUGACUGACUUUUCUGUUGAUUCAGGUAGCCAAACUGAUAGUUUGGAAGGCCACUGGGGCUCUGUAUCAGUCCUUUCUACUCAGUCAGAUAUGCCUGCUAUUGUUGAUGCUGAGGCAUCAAAUGGCUCAAAAGCAUCGGUAAAAGCAGAGAAAGCUGACUUGACGAAGCCAAAAGCUUUCUCAGAGGGGCAACAUUCUGACAAAUCAGAUAUUUUUGAGCCUCCAUCAUUCACGACAUUGGUUGAACCUAGAGAUGGAGACAAAGCUGCUGCUGCUGCUUCUUCCAAAAUACAGACUACACAGAAUCCAAACCAACCAGCUGGUUGGUUUCCCUCUCUUACUCAUGUCACGAAUGAGUCGCAAGGAAGAAAAAAGAAUGAAGAAAUAAUUGCCAAGGUCACAAACUGGAGCGCUGGGAAACAGCACACUCCCUUGAAGAACCUUUUGAGUGAGGCUAAUAUCGAAACCAAAUCCAAGUCGCUGAAUGCCAAGGAAAAUCUGGUGGUUAAAAAAGACGAAAGCAGUUCUAAGGAUAACGGUGCUUCAGGUCCUCAAGUGCCUAUAUCUGAGCCUGUUAAGAAAGAGGCAGGGAAAGAAUGGAAUUCUCCGGCAAGGUAUCCCACAGACAUUAAGGGAGAGAAGAAGAAAGUAAAAGGAAGACCAUCAUGGGCACAAUUUAUGUGCUGCGCUUCUGUAAACUAGGACAUUGGAUGUUGUGGUGAUAUAAUAUAGAGAUAAACCGUGCUGUGAAUUGAAGUCACAGUUGCAAAUAGUUUACCUACGUGGUAUUAGCCAUAGUUUUGAACAUUAUAUUAUAUACAUAAGAUUAUAACAGCAGGUAUAUUGCUUGUUGUUUUAGCAGCUUGUCUGAGGUUUUGGUUGAUUAUAAUGUUAUGGUUUGGUGAUUUUUCUGCUUCAA